AGGAAUGCAAAGUAAGAUUUGAACUGCAUGAAUGGAGGUGGAGCAACACAAGCAGACCGGCACUAUAAAACCAUCAGAUCUGUGGCUUCAUGGACUUCAUUGAUUCUUUCUUUAACUGGCCUCAUAUAUGCCUGGAACACAUCUGACGAAGAAGAGUGACCCACUGAAUGUCACACAUCUCUGCAAAAAGUCUACUUCUACACAAUAUCCCAGAGCUCAAAACACCAAGGAGCUGCAACCACUCAUGGCAAAUCCAGUCCACGAAAUUACAGAUGAGAAGAAACAGCAGGGACUCGAGAAGAUAAAUUCGGGCCAGAAGUUUAAAGCAAAUCUCAUAAAAUGGGUCUCAUUUAUUUCUGGAGACAUGGCUGUGUUCGGAGAAUGGAUGAAAGGGCAAUUUAUCUUGCUCCAAAUUAUGGACUGGGUGCUGCGUGGAGCGGCUCAGGUGAUGUUUGUGAACAACCCUCUCAGUGGUCUGAUCAUCUUUGCUGGACUGAUCCUUCAAAACAGAUGGUGGGCACUUAAUGGCUUUAUUGGUACCUUGUUUGCUACGAUUUCUGCACUCAUCCUCUGUCAGAACAGAGGUGCAAUUGCUGCUGGUCUGUAUGGAUAUAACGGCAUUUUGGUUGGUCUCCUGAUGGCAGUUUUCUCAAAUGCUGGAGAUUGGUAUUGGUGGCUUCUUCUUCCCAACAUCUUCAUGUCAAUGGCAUGUCCUAUAGUAUCCAGUGCCUUGGCCUCCAUCAACAGCCGCUGGGAUCUGCCUGUCUUCACCCUGCCGUUUAACAUACUGGUGUGUCUCCAUAUGGUGGCUACAGGACACUACAAUCAAUACUUCCCUCAGAUUCUCAUCCAGCCAACCACAUCCAUGUCUAACCUGACAUGGUCUGAGCUGGAUUAUGCACAGCUCUUCCGCUCAAUCCCUGUGGGCAUUGGACAGGUAUACGGAUGCGACAAUGCUUGGACAGGAGGAAUAUUCAUGAUCGCUCUGUUCAUCUCCUCACCCAUUACAUUUGCGCAUGCAACUAUUGGAUCAGCAGUUGGUAUGCUGUCAGGUCUGGCUCUUGCAGCGCCAUUCAAAAACAUCUACAUGGGCCUGUGGGGCUAUAACUGUGUUUUAGCCUGCAUUGCCAUUGGUGGGAUGUUCUACGCUCUCACGUGGCAGACACAUCUGGGCUGUGGCUUGUGUAUGCCUGGAACACAUCUGACGAAGAAGAGUGACCCACUGAAUGUCACACAUCUCUGCAAAAAGUCUACUUCUACACAAUAUCCCAGAGCUCAAAACACCAAGGAGCUGCAACCACUCAUGGCAAAUCCAGUCCACGAAAUUACAGAUGAGAAGAAACAGCAGGGACUCGAGAAGAUAAAUUCGGGCCAGAAGUUUAAAGCAAAUCUCAUAAAAUGGGUCUCAUUUAUUUCUGGAGACAUGGCUGUGUUCGGAGAAUGGAUGAAAGGGCAAUUUAUCUUGCUCCAAAUUAUGGACUGGGUGCUGCGUGGAGCGGCUCAGGUGAUGUUUGUGAACAACCCUCUCAGUGGUCUGAUCAUCUUUGCUGGACUGAUCCUUCAAAACAGAUGGUGGGCACUUAAUGGCUUUAUUGGUACCUUGUUUGCUACGAUUUCUGCACUCAUCCUCUGUCAGAACAGAGGUGCAAUUGCUGCUGGUCUGUAUGGAUAUAACGGCAUUUUGGUUGGUCUCCUGAUGGCAGUUUUCUCAAAUGCUGGAGAUUGGUAUUGGUGGCUUCUUCUUCCCAACAUCUUCAUGUCAAUGGCAUGUCCUAUAGUAUCCAGUGCCUUGGCCUCCAUCAACAGCCGCUGGGAUCUGCCUGUCUUCACCCUGCCGUUUAACAUACUGGUGUGUCUCCAUAUGGUGGCUACAGGACACUACAAUCAAUACUUCCCUCAGAUUCUCAUCCAGCCAACCACAUCCAUGUCUAACCUGACAUGGUCUGAGCUGGAUUAUGCACAGCUCUUCCGCUCAAUCCCUGUGGGCAUUGGACAGGUAUACGGAUGCGACAAUGCUUGGACAGGAGGAAUAUUCAUGAUCGCUCUGUUCAUCUCCUCACCCAUUACAUUUGCGCAUGCAACUAUUGGAUCAGCAGUUGGUAUGCUGUCAGGUCUGGCUCUUGCAGCGCCAUUCAAAAACAUCUACAUGGGCCUGUGGGGCUAUAACUGUGUUUUAGCCUGCAUUGCCAUUGGUGGGAUGUUCUACGCUCUCACGUGGCAGACACAUCUGCUGGCUGUGGCUUGUGCAUUUUUCUGUGCAUACCUUGGCUCUGCAAUCGGAAAUGUGAUGUCUAAUUUUGGACUCCCAGCAUGCACCUGGCCCUUCUGUCUAUCUGCCCUCACUUUCCUGUUGAUCACAACGGAAACCAAAUCCAUUCAUAAACUGCCUCUCACUAAAGUUGCCUACCCUGAACAAAACCUGAGAUACUACUGGAAAAUGAAGAAAGAGGAGAAAACACAAGAGGGAAUUCAGGCCAAAGACACAGAAUCACAGCUGGAGAAAGAGGAAAUAUCCAUUUCAAUGGAAAAGAAAGAUCUGGAUAUUUGCACGGUGGAUGUUCAGCAAGAGGAAAACACACUAUAAGUAGAUCAGAUAGGACCUCAGAGGAAACUCAGCUUCAUUUAAGACAAUUAUAUGUUUCCGUCACAUGAUGUUUGAAAAUUCCACACAAUAAUAGCUAAGAGACAUUGUUUUGGACAUGCCUACAUUCAUGAAUGUGCGCAAGCCAAAAUGCAAGAGCACGAAAAAGUGCUCUGAACAGAUACACACUUUUCCUUAUUAUUCCAGAGAUUGCAAAUCUAAACCUUAAAAAUUGUCAUCAUUAAGUGAGAUGACACAUAAAUGUAAAUGUAUUAUUUAAAAAAAAAUUAACUUAUUAACCUUGACUUUUUAAGUCAUAUGAGUUGUUUAAAGUCAGUGUCAUGUAAGACUUGUAAGGUUAAUUUGAAAGCAAACCCCAAAUUUAAACCUUGUAACCUAAUUUUGCCCCUUGCCAUUCUCAAGUAUAGGAUUUAAAAGUUGACUGGUAAAUCGAUUCUUUAGGUGGCGUUUGCUAUAGGUUGAAGAUCUAAAAGCAUUCCGCUGCACACAAUUUCAAAAUCAUUUGCAAUUCAUAGAUUUCAUAAUUGUAAGAAUAUGUUUCUUAGAAGUAUAAAACAGUCAGUGCCUUAAAUUAAGUUGAAUCAGCUUAACUUUAAGUCUUUUUAACGUAUGUUACAUAACAACAUCGUUACGUAACAUCAGGUUAAAACAACAUAAAAAAAGCAGUUUUUUUCGUGACAUUGAAAAUACAUAUUUUUUCUUUGAAUCACAAAAUGAUCUUAGAUCAAAUAUAAAACAUUUCUGCAGCGUGCAGAAUUUGUAAAACGCAGCAUUCUGUAAAAGUCCCUAGUUCAAAAUUCUGUAGCAGAAUGAGCACGUACACAACAAGAAUGCAAAAGGACUUCAUUUUGAUAAUCAGCUGUCAAAACAACUUGUUAUGCGUCACAAUUCAAAUAUACAAGCCUAUGUCACUUUUUGCUUCCAGCUAAGGAGAAAGAUUAAAGCAUGUCAAAUGAAAAUGUCAAAAGUCAAAAAGACAAAAAGUGCAGUUUGUUUUGUAACUGUUCAUAAUGUGUAAUGCAUCGUGUUGAAUAGAGAGCCUGCUCUAUUUCAGUGUUUUCUUCUGUAACAAAUGUGUGUUAUAUUUUUAAAAAUGUCUUUUAUAAAUUGCAAUAAAUUUAUAUUUUUUACAUUAAAGUUA